AUGGUAAAUUAUCCCGAUAGCCACCAGAGCCGGGAUGUAUUGUCACUGAAGAACGUAAAACGCGCCCAAGACAGAGGAUAUUUGGGCAAGGCCGAAGGACCAGGUCUUCUCACAACAAACUUGCUUGCAACGCUGCCCCAACGGAACGUCCAAAAAUUGACCAGCGCUAACACUCCGGAUACAGUAGAGAGACUGCUCGGAAACACAGCUCCAUACCAAAACCGAUUCGAUCUCCAGUUUGGCGCCAGGAGACCACCAAAUGUCAAAGAUGAUAACUUUCCUCCUGGGUAUAAUGGCAUCAUGAAUGAAGAAGGAAGACGAAGAAGUGCCGAAAUGGCUAUCAAACUGAACCUCCACACGAGAGAGUUCCCUCGAAAACCAAUGACAGUUGAUGGCGAUAAAAUCCAACAACAGGAACUGACGGAUGCCCAGGAUGGAAAGAAAGACAGACACAAGGUCAGUCGUCAAAAAAAGAAAAAGUCGAAGGCUGAUGUGGAUACAGAGAAUGCAGAAAUAUCCUUUUUCCUUGAGGAACGCGAGAUCAUGACUCCCGGACUGUAUGCUAAGGGGAAACCCGCACCAGCUUUAUAUCGAACGCGCACACACCACGAGAAGAAACCAGAAGUGGUUAAAGUAGUUCAGGAUGUCAACGCAAAGAAAAUCAGCAAAGAACCAAGUAUUCCUGGCAAAUCUGCUACUCGUGAUGCAGGAGUCAAUCAACUCAUGGCAGAGAUUGAUAAAAAGAAUGAGGAAUACGAAUCUUACAGAAGAAACGAUUUCUUCUUCAACCGAUUCAAAGGUGACGCCGUAGAUGUGAAACUCUCCGAUGAAGAGUUAAACGAAGAUCAAAGGAAAGACGUUUUACCGCCAAUCAACGGGAACGCGGUGAAAUUAGGAAAGAGAAAAGCGAAGAAAUAUAAAAGUCUUCCAAGCCAAGCGAAGUGGAACGACAUCGAGGACAAGUCCAUUCUGAAAAAGGGGCAUGCAGUAAAACUUCCACCAAUAGACACAGCGCAAAUUGAAAACUCAUCCAAGGCUGGUGCUGUACCGCUUAGAGACCACACUAUGGUGAUGACAGCGUUAACAAACGAAAAUGACUAUUGGCGUAAUGUGGAUGCAGGUAGACCACGGGCAGGGAAUAUCUGCGAAGUGGGGCAGGCCCUCCGCCAGUACUCUCAACCAGAAUUAACGCUUCCACCUGUGUUUAACGUCAAACUUCCGCCAAUCACAGGACUUCCCGUCCAAAGAGUCAACGACACAAAGAAACGCAAGGAAAAGCGCUUCGCUUGA